AUGGACUGGGGUUUUUUCGAUAAGAAUGCUGAUGAAAAUAAAUAUCUACGUGAACAAAUCGUCUAUCCAUCGAAAAUCUACUAUUAUGCUGCCAUUAUUGAAGAUUUCAUUUUGCGAUACAUUUGGGUCAUUAAUGUAUUUAUUUAUUUUCGUACACCAUCUGCCGAAUAUGCCGAUAUCAUCGGAUUUGCUUUUGGUAUCGUUGAAGUAAUUCGACGAUUUAUUUGGAACUUUUUCCGUUUGGAAAAUGAACAUUUAAAUAAUUGCGGCGAAUUUCGUGCUGUUCGUGAUAUUUCAAUACGUGCUACACCAACUGAUAAUAAUUAUUUGCCAUUGGAAGAGAUGACUUUUCAAAGUCAAAGUGCGCGUAUUUCGAAACAACGCCGUUUGACUUCAGCUCAAGAGAGAACGGCGACGUCGACAGUCGAGACAGAAAUGACGAUUGAAAAAGAGAUGCCAACAGAUUCCGAUUUUGUACCAGCGUUGCAAUUAAAAUUUUGGCCAGAUGACGUUCAACCGUUUUUUGAACGAAUAAAACAAAAUCGUCCACAUUUACUUGAUUUAAUAUUGAGUAAAACGUCAAUGCAUGUUGUUCCCAAAUGGUCAACGAAAACGUGUGUUGACGAACAAUAUUUGGAAUUUCCUUAUUCGUUUUUAGCUAUUGAAAUUUUACUUGCAAAACAUCGUACACUCAAUACACAAGUCCUAAAUGAAACAUCACUAAGUCUUACUCAAAAAUGGAUUAAAUAUGUCGUAGAUAUAUUGAAUUCUGGUAAAUGUACGCACUAUUUUAUUGAUGAAUUCAAUAUUUUUGAACCAUAUACGCCUGAAACUUUGGAAAAAGAUAAACAAAUUCUUCUCAGUGAAGUAAAACUCGAUGAAAUAAUCGAAACACACAUGUAUACGGCUCAAAAUCAGCAACUACUAUUUGAUACAUUCAAAUUAAAUAUACAAAAUUAUAUAUCUGAUCUGAAAGUAAAAGACGUUUUACCUCUCAUCAACGAUUAUCGUACACUGAAAGAAGAUUGGAUUGGUCUAUUCACGGAGAUUAAAAGUCAAGAUAAAGAGUUAAGCGAAGCACUUGAUAUCUUAUCUGUCUUAAGACGGUUUGAUGCGGAAAAAAUGGAAGAUUGGAAAACAUUUCGAAAAUUAUUUUUGGAUCACAAUGGCUCUUCUGAAUAUGCUGAACCUAUUUGGCACGGCAAUGUUGUACAAAACGAAGAUCCUAUAGUUUUUGUUUAA